AUGGGCUUUACGGUCUUUCUACGAGGAGCCCUUAAGCUCUACUCCGAAGACCUAGUAUCCUAUUCCGUGGAGACCAAUUACGUGACUUGGGAUACCACGUUCCCUGCUGUUACAGUAUGCGAGCCUUCGGAUAAAGAACGAGUUCAGCGGUUUCUGACUAAAAAUAACAUACCAUCCAGUAUGUUAAAAUUCCUCCAAGAAGUCGCCUACUGGAACGUGAAUUACUGCAGGACUUGUAAUAACUGUAAAAUGAACCAGACUUGUGUGGAAAAUUACCAGGAGCUGGUGCCGAAAAUCAGGAGUAAUUGCUCAGAGAUCCUCACUGAUUGCUGGUGGGCGAAUAAGAAAUUUCGUUGUUGUGACAGGUUCCUCCCAUUUGAAACUGAAUUAGGGACUUGUUACUCCUUUAACAACAUAUUAAUAAACAACGAGUCAGCAAUAGUCCUUAAUAGAGCCGUUGGUCUGCUUAAUUUGAGGCUAACUGCGACGAGACCUAUUCAAUUGAGGGCGCACGCACCUAAUGACCGCAUAACAGUAUCUAUGGACAACAUCUUGGGUCGUUCCACUUCUUUCUUACCUAUGAUUUCUGACUUCGAUGCUAUUUUAAAGGUCGAACAAACAAUAAGCGACAUAUCAGUGACAACCCUAUCCGUGGCCCUACGUGGCUGUUUGUUUAAGCACGAGCACCCUGCAUUUGCUCAGCUGUGGCCGUUCAAAGAGUAUUCCUAUAACGCAUGCGUGCUGUACUGCCGCGCUAUGCAACAGGUCGAGCUUUGUAAUUGCACACAUUUCUUCAUGCCUCAGCUAAAAGGCGUUCCUGUCUGUGAAAUCCCAGGCUUGGCGUGCCUUUAUAACAACAAGGAUAACCUGGUUAUCGUAGACUGCGAAUGUCCAAUGGCUUGUGAAGAAACAAAUUACAAAUUGAUGCACGUGUUCUACUUUCGUCACACUAAUACAACUCCAACGCUGUUGAAGCGUGGUACUCAGGCCAGGAUCCGUUUAGGCCAGCUUCCCUCGCUGAGGGUUCGGAGACAAGUCUUCCGGGAUACGAUGGGGAUCGUUGGGCGCUAUCGGCCCAAAGUAUUAAUCACCAAACUAGAGAGAAUUAAAAUAGAAAGCAUGGAAAAAGAUGAUGUAUGUGAAAAAUAUCUGAAGAAACUGUGUGAUCGGUUUGGGACGAGAGAAGAAGAAGAGGAACGACAAAUUGAAGAAGGAUGGUUAAGGUUUAAGAAUAUUAUUACAACGAUCAAAGCGAAACAGAGAUUAGAUGUAACUGUGACAGAUGAUGAUGUGAAUGCAAAAAUAGGCACGUACAAAAGUUAUUUUGAGGAAUUGUUUAAUUGUAAUGAAUCCGUGCCUCAGGUACCGUCGCAGGUGAUUCAGGAAUCAUACACUGGGAGUCAGGAAGAAGAGAUUAGUAUGGAUGAAGUUGUAAAAGCUAUAAAAGGUUUAAAAAGAGGAAAAGCAUUUGGGUAUGACAGAGUGUAUUACGGAGAAGUUUCUGGCAAAGCACCAGAAAGUGUUUUGUACAUUUGUGAAUCUGGAGAAGGCUUAUGA